GUCCAAUAAGAAGGCGUGGGUUAUAAAUCAGAUCAAACACCACAUUGCUUGUCAAAAGAUCCCAGCGCUCAGUUCCCAAUCAGCCAGCGACCUCGGACUCCACUCAAGAUGCAGAUUCUCUCGACGAUCACUGCUGCUGCCGUAGCCACCGCCGCCCUUGUGCUCGUCCUUGCCGAGCAGGAAGUUCACCUCAAGGUGCGCGUGACCGACAAGUUCUACGUGACGCCCAUCGGCAAGCAGUGCGCCUACAACAACUGCGUGGAUCCGUCCAUGUAUCCGUGCGCGAACAGCGGCGUCUGCGUGCGUCUCAACUACACGUACGGCAAGUGUAGCGACGACGCGGCGGACAAGGAGACCGAGCAGGACCUCAACGACCCCAAGCUGCUGUGCCCCUACCCGAACCCGUACAACAGCAAGCUCGGCUCCGUGGACGACGACGAGAGCUACGACAGCUACGACAGCUAUGACAGCCAGUAAAUGGGAAGACAGAGUUUAUCUGUCAACCUUAAUGUAGCGACAGCAACGUGUACAUCUCCAUAAUGUAGUAAAUUCACCACUUGAACCUUCACUGUCUUGAUCGCCG